UUCGAUCGGCCGUCUCACUCCAUCGUCUCACUUCACUGCAGAGCAAAAACCCUAGCUACACCGGCGGAGUCUGCCGAGAGUCGCCGUCCGAUCAUCGCUCUCGGCCGCGGAGUUUCAAUAAUGGCGAGAAAGCGAAAGCAGGAGCCGACCCCGAGCGCUUCCGCCGACGCGAGUCAACCGCCGAAGAGGCAGCAGCAACAACAGCUGAUAAAGCAAGAGCAGCAGGAGGCUGCGGCCCGAGAACAGCACGCCGUUGAUUAUAUAGAAGUAGAAGUAGAAGAAGAAGUCGAAGAAGAAGUCGAGGAAGAAGUCGAGGAAGAAGAAGAAGAGGAAGAAGUUGAGGAAGAGGAAGAGGAAGAGGGGGAGGAGGAGGAGGAGGAGGAGGAGGAGGAAGAAGGGGAGGAGGAGGACAAUCAGACCGCUAAUGAAGACGACGACGACGACGAACCCAUACAGAACCUUCUGGAACCAUUCAGCAAGGACCAACUCAUCUCUCUGCUCUUUGAAGCGGCAGCUCAGCAUCGCGACGUGGCUGAUCGCAUCCGCCAGAUGGCCGAUGUGGAUCCAGUGCACCGUAAGAUAUUCGUCCACGGCCUUGGAUGGGACGCCACUGCGGAAACCCUAACCAGCGCAUUCAAACAAUACGGUGAAAUUGAGAACUGCAAGGCCGUCUGUGAUAAGGUCUCCGGCAAAUCGAAAGGAUACGGUUUCAUCCUUUUUAAAUCGCGCCGCGGCGCACGCAAUGCCCUGAAGGAGCCCCAGAAGAAGAUUGGGAAUCGCAUGACUGCGUGCCAGCUUGCGUCCAUUGGCCCCGUGCCUACUCAUGCGGGAGCGCAGUCAGCCCCUUUGCAGCUACCGCAGCAGCAGCAGCAGCAAGUGUCUGAGUAUACGCAGAGGAAGAUUUAUGUGAGUAACGUUGGGGCUGACUUAAAUCCGAAGAAGUUGACUGAAUUCUUUGCAAAGUUUGGUGAGAUUGAGGAAGGGCCAUUGGGGCUCGACAAGUCGACAGGAAAGCCGAAAGGUUUUUGCUUGUUUGUGUAUAAGACGGUUGAGAGUGCCAAGAAGGCUUUGGAAGAACCGCAUAAGAGUUUCGAGGGUCAUGUGUUACAUUGCCAGAAAGCUGUCGAUGGACCAAAACCUGGGAAGUCUCAGCAUACGCAACAUCAGAAUGCAAGCAACCAUUCCCAAAGGAAUGACAGUGCAGGGUUUGCAGGUGCAGCUGCUGCAGGACUUGGGCAAUUGAACCCUGCAGGAAUUGGGUUUGGCCAGGGAGCUGCAGCUGCACAAGCAUUGAACCCCGCACUUGGGCAGGCACUUACUGCUUUGUUUGCGACUCAAGGUGCUGGAUUGGGGCUAACGAACUUGUUGGGAACUCUAGGAUCAGCCACGGCUGUUAAUCCAGCCAUGCCUCCUGCUGGUCAUGGAUUGCAGGCAGCCUACGGAAACCAGAUGAACAUUAGCCCUGGACUAAUUGGAGGAGGAUAUGGAAGUCAAGCUGGAUAUGCAAACCAGCAAAUGGGUCAAGGUGCAGGUAGUAGAGGGCAUCAUGCCGGACAGUUUAGUGGCAGUGGACCAUAUAUGGGUGGUCAUUAGACCCUGAGAGAUCCAACAAAGGUGCAUCAGUCUUUUAGUACUGCCUUGGUGAUUAUUCUGAAGUUUCAAGGGCUCAUGCAAUCGCCAUAUUUCUGCUUAUGAUGAGAUUGUUUAUCAAAGCUACCAAGACUAGAGUAUUUAAAAUGUCAAAUGGAGCUUCCGAUUUUAUGUACUUGUUUUUACAUAAUCUUUGCCAUUGUGCUUCUUCUAAAACACCCAGUGUUUUGAACUUUUUAUAUGAUUUUAGUAAAAAUUAUGUAGUAAAUUCCCAAAUUUUUUUUUUCUGUGUUUGCGGUGUCUUCAAACUGUCCUUCCUAUGGAUAUUAUAGGACCUGCAUUAAUUCUCUCUGAUUUGGUUUUCCUCUAAACCUGGCUUGGAGUCUAUUUUUGUAACUUUACUGAUGUUCCCAAAUGACGAAUCUUUUGCUUAAAGGAGGGUGGCUAGUUCUGAUUGUCCUGGGGUGGUCUGAUAUAAAUGAUAUUAUCUUUUCUGAUGUAGAAUCUUCAAACUUAGUUCUAAUGUGGCCGGCCAUUACCUCAAGCUAAACAUUUCACACCCAGAAAAGUGCUGGAUAGUCAUGUUAUAAAGUGUGCUGGGAUUUCUAUUGAUGAUAUGAUCCUCAACGAGCAUCUGUUUCAUGGCAAAGUGUUAUGCUAGUGGCAGUUAAUGUUCUGUUACCAGCUGGGCUAACAGUUAAAUUCAUGUUCCUUUUCUGUUUACGGUGUGAUCAAUUUGCUGUUCUAUUAUUUAGAUUUUCUUUUCUUUUUUCUCCCCUGUGCCAGUGUGUUUUGUAGAAUUAGAGUGUAUUAUACUUGAUGCUUGGAUCUGAUGUUAUCUAAUGGGUUAUAAGUAUGGACUGUGAUCAUGUUUCUGCAAGAAGCUGUCCUCAUCAUCUU